CCGGCCGGGGCUGCGGGACGGCCGGGGGCCUGGCCGCCGGCCGGGCGUGCGAGAAGUUCAGCUACCACCCAGCACGGCCAGGCCAGCAUGGUGGACCACUUGCUUCCAGUGGACGAGAACUUCUCGUCGCCAAAAUGCCCAUCCGGUUACUUGGGUGAUCGGUUGGCUGGCCGGCGGGCGUAUCACAUGUUGCCCUCACCACUCUCGGAAGAUGACAGUGACUCCUCCAGCUUUUGCUCCUGUGCCAGCCCAGACUCGCAAGCCCUCUGUUCCUGCUAUAGCAGCAACGUGGGCACCAAGGGCCAGGACAGCAUCUUGGACUUCCUGCUGUCCCGGGCCACGCUGGGUGGCAGCGGCAGCAUAGGGGUCAGUAGUGGCCCCAUGGCCUGGGGGGCCUGGCGGAGGGCACCGGCGCCCGUGAAGGGGGAGCAUUUCUGUCUCUCUGAGUUUUCUGCGGGUGACCCUGAUGACGUCCCGAGGCCUUUCCAGCCCACCCUGGAGGAGAUAGAAGAGUUCCUGGAGGAGAACAUGGAGCCGGGGGUCAAGGAGGCACCAGAGGGCGGCAGCAAGGACUUCGAGGCCUGUGGCCCACUCUCGGCUGGGCCACCCAGAAGUCACCUCCGUCCUGGGUCUGGUGGGAAGGAGUGCUGUACCCCCCCACCUGGUGGCCCCAGUGCCAGCAGUGCUCACAGCCCAGGUGGGGGGCCGUCGUCUGAGGGCCCCAUCCCAGUGCUGUUGCAGAUCCAGCCAGUGCCGGUCAAGCAGGAGGCAGGCACAGGGCCAGCCUCCCCCGGGCAGCCCCCAGAGAGUGUCAAGGUGGCCCAGCUCCUGGUCAAUAUCCAGGGGCAGACCUUCGCGCUUGUGCCCCAGGUGGUGCCCUCCUCCAACUUGAACCUGCCCUCCAAGUUCGUACGCAUUGCCCCUGUGCCAAUCGCUGCCAAGCCCAUUGGGUCGGGAUCCCUGGGACCAGGCUCUGCCGGCCUCCUUGUGGGCCAGAAGUUCUCCAAGAACCCUUCGGCAGAACUCAUCAAGAUGCACAAAUGCACUUUCCCCGGCUGCAGCAAGAUGUACACCAAAAGCAGCCACCUCAAGGCCCACCUACGCCGGCACACUGGCGAGAAGCCCUUCGCCUGCACCUGGCCGGGCUGCGGCUGGAGGUUCUCGCGGUCUGACGAGCUGUCGCGGCACCGGCGCUCGCACUCGGGCGUGAAGCCGUACCAGUGCCCGGUGUGCGAGAAGAAGUUCGCCCGCAGCGAUCACCUCUCCAAGCACAUCAAAGUGCACCGCUUCCCGCGCAGCAGCCGCGCCGGGCGCGCGGCGAACUGAGCCGCCCGCGCCCCAGCCCCACGCCGACCCGGGUGUUUUAUAGCAAUAAUUUAUUUGUCUCCUUCCGAGGGACGUGACAACGUUACCACCCCUUCGCCGAAGUUGGGAGGUACGGGAGGGCCGGGCAGCCUGGCUGUGGACUCAGAGCCCCCGCGGCCGCUGUUCCGGAGCCUUCGUGGGCUGGUGGGCGGGCGGGCGGGCUCCCAGGCGCCCCGGACUCAGGCCUCCGUGAGUGCCUCGGCCGGCCUAUGCUGCCGGGGCCGAGGCAGGGAUUCGAGGGCCUGGCGCUUCUCCCACUGGGCUCCCCGCCUGGGCCAAGGCCAGCACUCUCUUGCUGACUAAGAAGAAAUGUGCAGUUUUGAAAUGUUCAAUUCCCAGAGGGAGCCAUGCUGGGAAGAAGGAAGUAGGCCAAAAGUCCGACUGCAGGGUACUGUGAUGGGCCGAUGGACAGGGCGGCUGGGGCUGCGCUGGCGCUGGUCAGUGCAAUUGCUUGAGUUCAAUGUCCUGGACAGACAGACAGACACAGGCUCGUCAGCCUCUUGGUCACGUCCAGGAAGUGAGGGGGCAGGCUGCUUUGUGUGUGAAGGCACUAGGUAGAGCCUCCCAACCCUAAUUUAGAAAUGCAUUCCUUAUUUGGUCUAGAAAUUAAUAUCAAAUAAACUAGCUUGUUUGGACUGGUUUAUUUCACAUCCUAUGAAUGUAUGUAAAUAGACUGUACAUAGAUGCACCUGCAUAAAAUAUCUUUUAAUAACAUAUCGACAUUUGUGUAAAUUUGAAAAAUUAAAUCUAUAAAGGUGGUGUACAUAUAUUACAAUUCUGUAUAUUUUCUUUGGUCCUUCAUAAAAAUAUAUUUACUUUGCCAAUAAAAAGAAAAAAAGAA